CACCCACCUCGUCGUCCCUUCCGCGGCCAGCCAGGCAGCCAGGGCCGGCCGACCGGCCGAGGCAGCCGCGCCCACGUGCAUCCCUCUUGGACGAAGCAGCGCGCCAUGACGUGUGGCUUGGGGUUGGGGGCUUGGGGCGAGUAGACGACUGGCGAGUAGAAGUAGAAGAAGUAGGCGAGCGACCGGCACGCCGCCCUGUCACCUCAGACCUCACGACUUCUCCCUUCCUCGUGGUUGUCUCCCACGACUUCUCACCUCGGCGCCGAGGCGAGCGAGGAACUCGUGGUUCGUGCCCUGCUCGCCUCGUGAGGAUGCGGAUCGCGAGGCGGCUCUUCGUCGCGGCGCCGGCGCUGCUGAUGGGUCUGCUUCUGCUCGUCGCGGGGCCGGUGGCGGCGCAGGACGCGGCGGUUGAGGGCGUGGCGCCGGCGGCGGAUGAGAUCGCGGCGAACGCCAGGGCCAAGGAGGCGGCGGUGCUGGCCGCCGAGCUGGGGCAGCUCAGGGCGAAGAUCUCCGCGUUAGAGUCGCGCAUUGCAGAGCAGAACCUGGAGUUGAAGACCAAGAAUGAUGCAAUUGAAACACUGGAUAUGAUUGUCAAGGAAAAGUCACAGAAGAUAGCUACUACGCAGAAUGAAGUAACUUCCCUCCAGGCCAAGGGGUCUUUAGCUGCAGAGGAGCAGGCUAGCAAGGCCAAUGCACGGGCUAUUGAGCUCGAGAAGCAGAUCGAGAAGCUCAAGAAAGAUAUUACAGAACAAAAAAUAAAAAAAGCAGCUCUGGAGGCUAGGGCUGGCGAUGCUGAUAAGAAGGUGCAAGAACUGAAUAUGAAGCUGGAGAAACUCCAGAGGACAAGCAGUGAUCAAAAGUGCAGGAUUCAGAAGACUGAACAUGCUCUUAAAGUUGCUGAGGAGGAGCUGAUGAAGGUGCAGUUGGAAGCAACCAGAAAAGCUAAACAGCUGGGAGAGGUUCAUGGAGCCUGGUUGCCACCAUGGUUAGCAACACAUGCAGCCCACACUAUGGAGGUGAUGUCAAAUUACUGGAAUGAACAUGGGAAACCUGCCUUUGACAGCUUCUUGCAGAAGGCAUCAGAAAAAUCAGCACAGGCAAAGAAAUGGGCUGAGCCCCAUCUGGAAACUGCUAAGACAAAAUGGAUGCCUGUCGCUAAAGAAAAAUUGGUUAACUUGAAGAAAAAUGCAAAGCCUUAUGUCCAAAUGGUCUCAGAGAAAUCAUUGGAGGUUUAUCAAACAUCAAGUGACUUCAUCAGGCCUCAUCUUGUAAAUGCACAUCAAGUUGCUGACCCGUAUUUCCAGGAAGCCAAGAAAUUAUCCAAACCAUAUAUUGAUCAAAUUGCUACAGCUACUAAACCACAUGUCAAGAAAAUUAGAACUACUCUCAAGCCCUAUACUAAAAGAGCACGCCAUGUAUAUGGGCAGUUUCUUGAGACAGCUACUACAUAUCAUCAGCAGGCUCAGGCAACUAUCUCAGAUUACCUUCACCAACAUGAAUUUACAAAACAAUUUGUAACUGAGGAGUUGGUGUGGUAUCUGGCUUCUGCUUUGUUGGUUAUGCCUGUCUUUAUUUUGUACACACUCCUAAUUGAAAUAUUCGGUAUCAAGAAGCAAAAGAAGAAAACAUCACGGAGCAGUAAUGCCAACCAUGGUCAUCGUAGACAUAAGCGCCGGCAUGCUGAGAAAUAAACCAUUGAUAAACGCUGUCUUUGGUGUGCCAUAUUAUAGUUGAAGAAGAUCAUGGAAGUUUGACCAUGUUACCUUUCACUGAUGAGUUCGUUGUCAGGUAUAGACACUUUGAUCCGCCAUCGCUGAACCUUGCUGUGUAUCUAUGAACUACAAUACACACAAGAACUGGGUUUCUGCCCCCAUUGUGUGGGAAGAGUUGUGGUGGUGGUUGUGUUUUUCAUCAGAUCAGGGACCGCGAGCUUAAAUUUGUGGGUGUUAAUUUCAUAGGUUAUUUGUUGUAGCAUUGUGCAUGUGUUUGAGCUUGUGUACUCCGUAGUUAUUUUGUCUCCCAUUUGUUGAUCACUUCAGCUGUAGCUUCCACUCGCUGUAAAAGUUUAUCUUCGACACUUGGAUGCUGUGGUUUGGAGGACCUCUAGUACCUAGAAACAUAGUUUUUAGAAACAAGAGACAUGGAAAAGAGGUCUAGAGUGGAGUUAUUAAAACUUCAAAAA